AUGACGGAGAUUCCGUUCUCGCGAGAAACGCUCAACACCUUGUCCGGCAAAGUGGUCGUUCUGACAGGCGGUGCGCAGGGCGUCGGCGCGGCCACCGUCCAGCUGGCCUACGAAGCCGGCGCACACGUCUUUUUCGGCGACUGGGCAGACGACAAGGGCCGGUCGCUGGCGGCGUCUGUCCAGAAGAGUGUGAAGAGUGUGAAGAGUGCCGGGUCCGGGUCGGUCACGUUUCAAAAGGUCGACGUCCGCGAGUAUGCCUCGCAGCUGGCCCUCUUUGAUGCCGCCUACCAAGCACACGGCCGCGUCGAUGUCGCCGUGUCCUGUGCGGCCGUGUCCGAGCCAGCGGGUUUCUUUGAGCCCGAACAUCUCGAUUUGGAGAGCAUAAGACAGGAACCCACGGAGCUGCGCUCCCGUCUCGACAUCAACCUGACCAGCGUGCUUUUGUUUAGCCGCAUGGCCCUGGCGUACAUGAAGGCCUCGCCACAGGACGGCACCAGCCGGUCCAUCGUCCUCGUCUCGUCCAUUGCCGGCAUCACCGAAGCCCCGGGCCUCUUUGCCUACUCGACCGCCAAGCACGGUGUCAUCGGCCUGAUGCGCGCCCUCCGCCCCUACACGCCGCGCCGCUAUGGCGUCCGCGUCAAUGCCAUCUGCCCCUGGGCCACCGACACGCAGCUGCUCGCGGGCGUCGUCGACAAGUGGGUGCAAGAGAAGCUGCCGCUCAACCAGCCGUCCGACGUCGCCGGCCUGAUUCUGCAGUGUGCCGCCGAUGCGACGCUCAACGGAAAGGCUGUGCUUGUCGCCGGCGGCACGGGCUACGACACCGAAGAGGGCUACGACAAGACGCAGGCCCAGUGGAUGGGCGAACAGCUGUCGGCCGAGUUCAACCGCGGCCAGCGCGUCCUCGGUCUGGUGCGUACUGUCUCGCUGCGAACGUGGAUGUGGACCCUGUAUCCUCCGUGA